CUCUCUCACCAGCACUCCUCUUCUCUCUCUCUCUCAGCUGCUCUCCCUCCCCUCCCCUCUCUUCCCUGGAUGGUGUAGCUCUCUCUCUCUCUCUGUGUCUCUCCCUCUCUCUGGCAGUCUGGUGGAGCCGCACACAAGGAUUAGAGGUUUUGCUGUGAGUGUCUGCUCAAAGAGAAGAAGCCAGAAAAAGAGAUAAAUUCUCCAGGAAAAAAAGGAUAGCCUCACUAUUGUGGAUAAGUGAUCUGAUUUUUUACCUUUACGCAGGCUCUACCUCUCAUCUUACGCCAAAAGAGCCUUCACCUGGAGGGGAGGACAGAUAAAGCCAAGGGGACUAUAUAGCCUGGACCUCCACACAGAGAGCCAUGUGAGCGGCACCCCUCCACCUCCACCUCCACCUCCACCCACUUCACACUACACAAGUCCCCCCUAUACAGUCUGCUCUCGGAAGCUGGUGGAGCACCAACCAGGAUUUUUUUUUCUCUCCCUCCCUGGAACCUCCACUUUCAGGGACCCCUCCAGGCUCCGGCGGUACCCCAGCGGGAGACGCUCAUCUCUGGGCACUGGUCGUGGGGCGCGAGUGCCCCCUGGUCUGGUCUGGAGGCCAGCCAGCAGCGCUCCAGCACCAUGGAUUACCUGUUUGGGAUUGUAGUGCUGCUGUGCGGGGCGGUGCAGCUGGGAAGAGGUGUUGAGCCCAAGCACAACGUACCCAGGCUAAAGCUGUCAUACAAGGAGAUGUUAGAGUCCAGUAACCUUGUCACCUUCAACGGCCUGGCCAACAGCUCGAGCUAUGACGCUUUCCUAUUGGAUGAGGAGCGAGGGAGACUAUUGGUCGGAGCCGAGGACCACAUCUUCUCAUUCGACCUCGUCAACAUCAACAGAGACCACAAACAGAUUGCGUGGCCCGCCACCCCCUCCAAGAGGGAUGAAUGCAAGUGGGCAGGGAAAGACCUUGGGAAAGAGUGUUCCAACUUCAUCCGGGUGCUCCAACCGUACAACCAGACCCACCUGUACAUCUGUGGCACCGGAGCCUUCCACCCCAUCUGUUCCUUUCUGGAAUUGGGCAAGAGGGCCGAGGACAACAUCUUUCGACUGGCCUCGCAUUUCGAGAACGGCCGUGGGAAAAGCCCCUACGACCCCAAAAUGCUCUCAGCCUCGCUCCUGAUCGACGGAGAGCUGUACUCUGGCACAUCUGCUGAUUUCAUGGGAAGGGACUUUGCCAUUUUCCGUACGCUGGGAGAUCAUCAUCCAAUCAGGACGGAGCAGCAUGAUUCAAGAUGGCUGAAUGACCCCAGGUUCAUCGGCGUUAACUUGAUCCCAGAAAGCGACAACCCAGAAGACGACAAGAUCUUCCUGUUUUUCAAAGAGAACGCCAUGGACGGAGAGCACACCGGCAAAGCUACCAUCGCCAGGAUAGGACAACUGUGUAAGAAUGACAUGGGAGGUCACAGGAGUCUGGUGAACAAGUGGACCACUUUCCUCAAGGCCCGGCUAAUGUGUUCAGUGCCCGGGGUCAACGGCAUUGACACGCACUUCGAUGAGCUGCAGGACGUGUUUCUCAUGAGCUCCAAGGACCCAAAGAAUCCCGUCAUCUACGCUGUAUUCACCACAUCCAGUAACAUCUUUAAAGGUUCGGCAGUGUGCAUGUACAACAUGGCAGACAUCAGGAGGGUCUUCCUGGGUCCCUACGCUCACAGAGAUGGACCCAACUACCAGUGGGUGCCUUUCCAAGGGAGGGUGCCCUACCCCCGCCCUGGCACUUGCCCCAGUAAGACAUUUGGAGGCUUCGACUCCACCAAGGACCUUCCCGAUGACGUCAUCACCUUCGCCAGGGGUCACCCAGCCAUGUACAACCCAGUGCACCCGAUAGGCGGGCGUCCCAUCAUGGUGCGGACAGACGUGGACUACCAGUUCUCCCAGCUGGUGGUGGACAGAGUGGAGGCAGAGGACGGACAGUAUGACGUCAUGUUCAUCGGGACAGACAUGGGCACGGUGCUGAAGGUGGUGACGAUCCCCAGAGAGAGCUGGCACGACCUGGAGGAGGUGGUGCUGGAGGAGAUGACAGUCUUCAGGGAGCCGACUCCCAUUACUGCUAUGGAGCUGUCCACCAAGCAGCAACAGCUGUACCUUGGCUCGGGCCUGGGUGUAUCGCAGAUGUCUUUGCACCGAUGCGAGGUGUAUGGGAAAGCUUGCGCUGAGUGCUGCCUGGCCAGGGACCCGUACUGCGCCUGGGACGGCAGCGAGUGCUCGAGAUACUUCCCUACCGCCAAGAGGCGAACCAGACGACAGGACAUCAGAAACGGAGACCCUCUCUCCCAGUGCUCAGAUCUUCAGCAUCAUGAGGACGGAGACGGUUUAGGAGGCAGCGUGGAGGACCGGAGCGUGUACGGCGUGGAGAACAGCAGCAUGUUCCUGGAGUGCAGCCCCAAGUCUCAGAGAGCACUCAUUUACUGGCAGCUGCAGAAGCCCAACGACGACCGCAAGCACGAGAUCAAGCUAGAUGACCGGGUGCUCCGUACAGACCAGGGCCUGCUCCUACGCAGUCUGACCCCGUCUGACUCAGGCAUCUACCACUGCCAGGCUGUCGAACACGGCUUUAUCCAGCCCCUACUGCGCCUCAACCUCCAGGUCAUCCCCGCCCAGAAGCUGGGCGACAUCCUGCCUGGACUUUCCAGUGCGGGAGGCGGCGCAGGUCACUCUCCCAAGCACAGGCUGUGGUAUCGAGACUUCCUGUCUCUCUUGGACCACCCAGACCUCAACAGCGUGGAGGAGUUCUGCGAUCGAGUUUGGAAGAAAGAACGCAAACAGAAGAGGGUGAAGGCGCCCGGCGGCACCGGUCAGGGUAGACCCGACGGCACCGCCGCUUCCAGCCCUGCGUUACGGCCUAAAGCUUUGGCUCCCAACGCCCAGAAGCAGCAAGCCAGUCCACCACAGAGCAGGCCAUGGCCCCAGGCCGGAGCUCCAACAGUGGAAGGGUCGUCAGCACGGAGCCAGGCUGCCCAGAAGGCUCAACCAAACCUGGGGACGUCGAGUGGCCAGGCACCUAAGAACAAUCAGAAGACGCCAAACGGCCAGAAGGGGCAGGGCGGCGCGGCUGCUUCUCAGGCCGCGGUGGGGGCGUCUCGGGCGAGCAGCCAGCACGCGGCCAAGUGGAGACGGAUGCAGGAAAAUAAGAAGGGACGCAACAGGAGGACCCAUGAGCUUCAAAGACCCCCGCGUAGCGUUUGAGGAAAAAAAAGCACAGAGAAGCACACAUGCAACCCACAUACAAGCACAAAACCCACGCAUCCACACAUAAAACACAUUCUAUAAACUGUGUCCGACGUAUGAUUCAGUGACCUCGCCGUAACAACAGAACAAAAAACCCCCAUAAAAAACACUCUUUUAGGUAGAAAUACAUGAGCUGCACUCAACAAUAAAGCUCUCAUUCAAAGACACAAAUGCACAUAAACCUGUGAAAAGAUGAACAGAGGACUGAAAAACUGGAAUGCGUACUGUAAAUGUGUGAGGAUAUGGCCGGUUGCCUGGGAUACUGCCUGGCAGACACUUCAACCUCCUGUACAUAAGCUACUAAAAUAAGACUGGGACAAAAACGUUUAGUGAGGUGUUUGUUGGUGAGCAGAUGGAUGCUGAGAGGACAGUUGUGGAGACAUUAAUAGAUACAUUUAUGGAAGCAGGAAUUAUGCAUCCACUGAUGACCUGAGCAUGUGAACUGCAACGUAGUGGAUUAAAAAACUCUUAUUUUGAAGAACUGUUUGAGGAGCCUUCCAUCUUCGAGUGACAACAGCACCCUUAAAGGAGGAAUUGCAGCAACAAACAGAAGCAUUAUUACAUGCAAAAAAACUGCAAAGUCAUGCAGAGAAAGUGCAUCGUCAUAACCUUCUCCACCUGAGGAAAACAUUGUGCAUGUUGUUGUCAAUCAAUGUUUUAAUAAGCUAGUUAUUUUAAGGAAAUCUAGAGGCUUUUUUUUUUUUUUUUUUUUUUUACACCCUACCUAAAAACUUUUAUAUUUCCUUUCCUUUCCAGACCAGUGCUUCUAUUUUUGGGGGGCAAAAAAUUACAAGCAACAUAGUAGUCUCAUUGUGCAUUAUCCCUUCUGCUCUCCAGGAUUCUGUGUAAGUUAUUAUGGUGUUGCUUUUUUCUGGGAUUUAUAGAAUCUGGGAAUUCCAGUUAGGCUUAAAUGCUAAAAACCCAGUCUGAAAUAAGACUGCCAGUUGUUUUUGUGUACAUAUAUACAACAAACUUAACUCUCUGUGUAUAUACAGUACAUAUACAGUACAAGAACACCACUUGAUUAUUAUUUAUUGCUCAUUGUUUUGUGAAAGGGUUGCAUUUAUUUUUGAUAUUAUGGUAUUUUUGGCUCAUCGAUAUAUUGGAGAAACAACGGCAACAACGAAAACUUUGAUGGACCAACUGGGUGAAAUUGUGUCAAGGAAUCCCUUUUUGGGGAUAAAAGGGUUGAAAGUUUAUGAGUACAGGGGUUUGUGUCAUGACUACAUUUUUGACACUAACGAAAAGCACAAUUUUUACUUUCAUAACAGAUGAUUUCCUUUCUCCCGAAUCCACCCCGACAUGUCUUUGUUUCAUCCAGCAUCCAUUCUGUGUAAGAUAAUUCCCCAAACUGAAAAACAUUAGCUGUGAAUCUCUGUAAGAAAUAGUGGAGAAAAAUGUUGUCUGAAGGAGAAGACACGUUAUACUGCAUGUGAAUGCUACCUACAGUAAGUGCAUCUUUUUUAUCGUCUCUUUACGUGUUUUGUGUGAGAGGUAAAGUUCCCUUAAAGCAAGGUGUGAAUUACUUUUGUCCUUUUGCCAAAACAGUGAUAUUAACAACUCAUGAUACUCAAAGGCCAAAGCUGUUGAAGAUCCAAGCUCCUUAAACUUCGAUUCAACAAUGGUACCCCCCCUGUCUCCCCUGAAUACAUGACAAGAGUAUUGUGUCAAUGCAAUAAAUUAGAGCAGAUAGUGUUCUCUACCAAAACAAAACAGUUUGGUGUGUCCCUGAUUCGGGUCUCUCCCUCAGAGUUAGAAAAGUGAGAGAGCUGAAAGUUACCGCUGCUGUAACACAGUUCUUUCUGGCAUGCAUUCAGUUGUCUAAAUAAACAUCUCCGUUACAAAAAAAAA